AUGUGGACCUUGGGAAGCAUGCAAUGGCAGGAUCUAUACUUAGUUGAUACUCUGGCUUCAGUCGGCCAAGAGCAUUUGCCUGAGUUUUCAGGGCAAGCCCUCGCAAACACAGCGUGGGCCUUUGCCCAGCUCGAACUAAAAGAUAUACCUCUAUUGGAUGCGAUCGCAGCCAACGCCCUGGAAAUGCUCAAGAUCUUCAAAUCCCAAGAGCUAGCCACCAGUGCUUGGACCUUCGGCAAUUGCACAGAUCUCUACGAGAGCUUGCUGGAGGCCAUUGCGGAUGAGGCAGAUCUUCGGAUAGCUGGAGGCUCGAUGGAUGCAGCUUCGAGCUCUAUGCUGCUAGAGGUCUUGAGGCCCAAGAGAGCUGAGCAAAUCUUGGAAGCGCUGCAGCGUCACGGGAGGCUCCAACCACUUCACAUUCCAGGCUUGGGCCCCUUGCUUUCUCAAGCUGAAGGCGUUGAGGGGGCCGAUGGCCUCGAAAAAGAGCUCCGGUUGCUUUGUUCACUUGCAAAGUCUUAUGCUGCCUUGGAAGGGCCAUUACUCUUUGCAGCCUUAUUCCGAUGUUUAAGACUUGGCGACCAGGAACAAGCACAAGACUUGUGGCACAAAGUAAUUUCACGCGGCGAUGCCCGGCUCGUGGAGGUUGGCGGCUGCAGUUGGAGCUUUCAGCAGCUUCUCGACGUGUCAGAGCCAAAAAGUAGUGCUUGCCUCGCCAUCGAACUGUGGGACAUCGUUUUGAGCGUGCCAUGGUGCGUCCACACUCUCUCACACCGUCCGGCGUUGCUGCCUGAUUUUCUGUUGGUCUUUGUUGACGGCCUUGAGGAGCAGCCGGAACUUUUUGCCUUCGAAGGUCCCAUUAUCAUGAAGAAUGAGAUGAUGAAUGCAUCCCUGAACUCCUUCGGCAUGCAACCAGGGGUGGCCAUUCUUUGA